AACGAAGCUCAUCUUUGAAAUCUCCCGUUCUAACACGGCCGCUGUUGGUCAGUAACGCGUAAUUAUAAUCAGGAAAAUUCCUUCUCCUCUUCCCGCCGCCCCAUUUUUCUCUCUCUACUGCAACAAUUUUUUAUUUUUAUUUUUUUCCCUCUAAUGAGAUUUAUAAUCUGAAAGAGGAAGUGGGUUAGUGAAAGAGCUUGAGAAAUUUGCUCUCUGGAUUGUCAAUGGCGAAGAAGAACAGUAAUUCCAAGAAGCAAUCUUACAUUUCAGUUCCAUCUCAAAUCAUAAACUCUUUAUCUUCAUCUUCUCUCCAAUCCCUUCUCGAUUCGCCUAAGAAAUCUUCUAAAAACUACAAUAAGUUUCUUAGUCUUUCCACUUACAGAAGCUCGAAGAAGCUAUGGCUUCUUGCUAUUUUUCUCUUUGGACUUUUCGGGAUGUUGAAGCUUACUUUUAAUCUCAACCCUUUAAUCCCUUAUGUGUCGUACCCUUGCUUCACUUCUCAAUCGCAGUCGCAGGGUUUAGUCUCUAAUGGGGUUUUGAAAUCAGGUAUAGAAAGAGAAAAUGCUUUGAAGGAUGAGGUUAUGAACGAUUCUUUCCAAUCGCUUCGGCCGAUUUCAAAUGGGGUUUUGAAAUCGGAUGAGGGUUUUGGAGAGGGAAAUGAACAGCAGGAGUUCUGGAAACAACCUGAUGGAUUGGGGUAUAAACCUUGUUUAGAUUUCAGUGAAGAAUAUAAAAAAUCAACCCCUGGAAUCGUUAGUGAGAGGACUAAAUAUUUGAUGGUUGUAGUUUCCGGUGGGAUGAAUCAACAGAGAAAUCAGAUCGUCGAUGCUGUUGUGAUUGCUAGAAUUCUUGGGGCUGCUUUGGUUGUUCCAAUCUUGCAAGUGAACGUCAUCUGGGGAGAUGAAAGUGAAUUUUCUGAUAUAUUUGAUUUGGAACAUUUCAAGAAUGUUCUAGCGGACGAUGUUCAUAUUGUUUCAUCUUUGCCAUCUACGCAUCUGAUGACUCGUCCGGUGGAGGAAAAAUCGACUCCACAUCAUGUCUCGCCGACUUGGAUUCGGUCACGUUACCUCAGGAAGCUUAGAAGAGAAGGGGUACUACUGCUGCGCGGCUUGGACUCCAGGCUUUCUAAGGAUCUUCCUUCUGAUCUUCAAAAGCUCAGAUGCAAGGUUGCUUUUCAUGCUCUGAGAUUUGCUCCACCAAUUGUGGAACUUGGUAACAAGCUCACAGAGAGAAUGCGAAGCAAAGGACCGUACCUUGCUCUUCAUUUACGAAUGGAAAAGGACGUAUGGGUGAGAACCGGUUGCUUACCUGGGUUGAGCCCUGAAUACGAUGAGAUGAUAAACAACGAAAGAAUACGAAGACCUGAACUUUUAACUGCUAGAUCAAACAUGAGCUACCAUGAUAGAAAACUUGCAGGCCUUUGUCCCUUGAAUGCCUAUGAGGUUAUGAGGUUACUGAAAGCUCUUGGAGCUCCAAGGGAUACGAGAAUAUACUGGGCUGGAGGGCAACCACUAGGAGGAAAAGAAGCCCUGCAACCAUUGACAAGGGAGUUCCCAAAUUUCUACAAUAAGGAAGAUCUUGCUUUGCCGAGUGAACUCGAGCCUUUUGCAAAAAAAGCUUCUUUUAUGGCUGCUAUUGACUAUAUUGUUUGUGAGAGCAGUGAUGUCUUCAUGCCUUCUCAUGGAGGAAAUAUGGGCCAUGCCAUUCAGGGACAUAGGGCUUAUGCUGGGCACAAGAAGUACAUAACACCAAACAAAAGGCACAUGCUUCCCCUUUUCUUGGACUCCUCACUCCCGGAAGCAGAGUUCAAAAAGAUCAUCAGGGAGCUGCAUCAGGACUCCCUCGGACAGCCCGAACUUCGAACCAGCAAAGUCGGACGAGAUGUUACCAAGUACCCUAUUCCUGAAUGCAUGUGCAACAACAGCUCUGAUGCUCAUACCAUAUAAGUCAAAACAACUCAUCAGUGGUGCCAACAUAGCAAAAAGCCUCGAAGAAUCAGAGUUUUAAUCGACAAAACCUUGGAAAUCCCAGGUCGAUCAUUGAAGUCAAGCCCUCUUUAGAACCAUGAGUUGGUGUCGUCUCGGGGCAACGAAGUUCUGUGGGAAGAACAUUUUGAAAGAGUAACUGCAGACAGCAGUCAAGUCAAAUAUGCAGUAAUGAACUGAAGAAGUGCAGCCUAGGUUAUGUGUAUAUGAGUGAGAAAGAUGCCUAUAUAUAUAUUAUAAGAGAAAUAAAAGGAACAGCAUAACAUUGUAUAAUUCUUUGAUUCUUUACAGAAUAAGUUCUUGUAGUUAAAUAUUUUAUUGUAAAGACCGAUUUUUUUUUUGUAUGAAAAUGAAGAGAUUCAUUCUUGUAGUUAAA